CUGAGUCUGUGUGUUGCCAGCGGGGGUGAGAACGAGAUAACGCUGAAUUAGGUGUCGGACUUUCUGCAGACUGCAGUUGAAGGUCUCAGUUCGGUGUCAUUAUUCGUCUACCAUGGAGUCCUUGUCGUCACCUUUCCAUGGAAGCCAAGACAGCCACAUUUUAGAAAUGGAAGAGGAACUGGUGCGUAAGGGAUCCCGUCGCAAAAGAGAGUUCAUACCUGAUGAGAAGAAGGACGACCUCUAUUGGGAGAAACGCCGCAAGAACAACGAGGCGGCCAAGCGGUCCCGGGAGAAGAGGAGGAUGAACGACUACGUUCUGGAAUCUCAUCUCACGGCCCUGAAAGAUGAAAACAACAGGCUCAGUGCUGAAUUAAUGGCCAUCAAGCUGCGCUUCGGCCUGGUCCACUCUGCGGCCUACGCUGCUCACCAGAGUAGCCAGCUGCAGCACCAUGUCCACAGCAGCACCCAGCCUAUCACUACCGCACACCACCAGUCCCUGCAGAGGGACUACUACUGGGGAGGCAGAGACUCUGCCCUCAUGCCAAGACACCCUCCUCCUCACCCCGUCUUCAUCCCUGCAUAUGCCCUCCACACCAUGAGAGGCUAUUCAUAUUUGAACACGUCCGGUACUGCCGGGUCUGGUCUCCUCGCUCCCCUUAUCCUCCCUGGAAAUCUGCCCACCUACUCAUCGCAUCCUGGAGCUCCCCUACUGAAGCCCAUUCCUACCAGAGCUGCCUCGGAUGAGGAGGGGGAGCAGCAGGUCCCGGGCCUGUUGUCCCGGCCCUGUCCCUGCUCCACCUCGCAAAAUCGCCUCAAGAGAGCACAGAAAUUACUCUCCACCGAGACAAUACAUGUCCGACUGACUGAAGGGUGUAUCUACUGUACAGACUGAUUGACUUAGGAACAAAUUCUUAAUUUCUCUUCACGUACUGUCAAAUAUCCCUGCUGAAACUGUUACUUUAAGAGCUCUAUAUUUGUGAAUUAAUAAUGCUUGCAUGUUGCAUUCAAAGAAGCAGUAUUUCAAAGUGUACACACUUCACAUCUUUGUGUCACAACACAUAUUG